UAUCCGUUGCAUGCGCAUCUGGUACCAACGUCGACCAUCCAGAUGGACGAGAAAGAUAGAAAUUUAAUCAUAGUCGGCUCAGAUUUCCUAAAAAACAUCAUCCAACCAUGGCCGAGCGUCCGGCAAAGCGUUCGCGUAGAGUCCGGUCCGAAGCGUCGCCUUCGCCAGACAGAGUAACGGAUGCCUUCAAACUACCAGCGUCUCAGCCCAAGCCUCAAGGAGAUAAAUCUCAAGGCGAGCAACUCAUCGCACCAAGGGCUCAGCCUCGCAUGGAACAGUUGACCAAGUCAGAGUGGUUCGAAAAGUACCGCUUAAAAGAACUUGCAGACGCGGAGGUGUUCUACAAGGCCAACUGGGUGGACAGCAAGACGGCCAACGCCUGGUUGAAGGAACUCAAUGAGCUUUCCGAAUGGUACCGGCCUAAGCUCAAAGUCUACGGCCGCGAUAUCACUCAGUCACGGGAGAUAGCAGCGUACAGCACUUCUCCGAUAUUGACUCUCAAAUACAGCGGUCAUCCCGUAGAGAUUCACUCACCUUUCCCGCGACUGCUGCAGGAGAUCGCAGAUCGACUUUCCAACGAGGACUGCCUCGGUAAUGAAGUGGGCUUUAACCAUUGUAUGCUGAAUCGUUAUCAGAGCGGCGCUAUUCAUUUAGGAAAGCACCACGAUAACCUGGAAAAUAAAGUCAUCGUCACGGUCUCGCUUGGCGCAGCAAGAACGUUCAUCCUGGAGCGCAAAAAGCCACGCGGAUCGAAACAGGCUACUCUGUCUGCGAGAGGACCCGCAGAUACGCCGAGUCCGAAGCUGAAAAGUUCCUACGACAGCGACAGCCAGCACAAGAAGAUAAUACUAGGGAAUGGCAGUUUGCUUGUCAUGCAAGGGUAUACGCAACAUAAUUAUACCCACGAGAUUCCAAAGGAGAGGAGGAUCAAGGACCCACGCAUCAGCAUCACAUUUAGGCAAUUGAUAAAUUAACUGGAGAAAUGAAAUGAGAGCGGGGUAUAGUGAAUCAAAUCUGAC